AACGCUGACGAAAACGGAGUGGGAAAGCGUUCCUGGGACUACAACCCCAGUAUGCCUUGCGCGCCGAUUCGCGGUGGCUAUCGCGCCUGCGCCCCUAGCAGCCGGUUACUUGCGUCCCGGAGACCACAGUCCCGGCGGCGCGGUUGGAUGGGGGGAGUCCGCGCAGCCCGGGCAGAGCAGUGGGAAAGAUGUGGGUGUUUGGCUACGGGUCCCUGAUCUGGAAGGUGGACUUUCCCUAUCAAGACAAGGUUGUCGGGUACAUCACAGACUACAGCAGGCGUUUCUGGCAAGGCAGCACCGACCACCGCGGGGUCCCCGGCAAGCCUGGAAGAGUUGUGACUCUUGUUGAAGAUCCUGGGGGUUGUGUAUGGGGUGUUGCUUACAAACUGCCAGUAGGAAAAGAAGAAGAAGUAAAAACAUACCUUGACUUCAGAGAGAAAGGAGGCUACCGAACCAUAACAGUCAUUUUUUAUCCAAAAGAUCCCACAACAAAGCCAUUCAGUGUGUUGCUAUACAUUGGAACAUGUGAUAAUCCUAAUUACCUUGGUCCCGCACCUCUGGAAGACAUUGCCGAACAAAUUUUUAAUGCAGCUGGUCCAAGUGGAAGAAAUACAGAGUAUCUUUUUGAACUUGCAAACUCUAUUAGAAACCUUGUACCAGAAGAGGCAGAUGAGCAUCUUUUCUCUUUGGAAAAAUUAGUAAAGGAACGUUUAGAAGAAAAAUAGUACCUCACUUUUACAUACAAAGACCUAGCCAUUGACUUUCCUAAACAAGCAGCUUUUAGUCUUCAGAUAGUAACUUCUGUGCACAAUGGCAAUGUUUUGGAAAUGUGUUUACCUGAAGAUAUUGUUAUUUUUAGUGUUGUAGUUGAGGCAUCAUCUAAAUGUCCUGAAACAUAUAUUCAGAAGAUUAGCAUAGAGCAAAAGAAGAAAUUCCAGUUUUAAUAACAUGAUUUCCUAACUAUAUUUAGCACUUGCUCAUUAGGAGUUCUUUAGAAAUACACAGAGGUCUCAAUUUAGCUCGUUUUUAUCAGAGUAAAAGUAAUUAUACUGUUUCAUCUCACAAUGCUAUUUUAAAGUUAAAGAGAAUUAAAUCAAAAGUCCAAUACAUAUAAUAAGAAAAUACCUUUAAUAUAUUCCUAUAAAAUAAUUCUAUAACCAUGGUUUAAGAUACACAAGCUUAAAAUAAUGUGUGAUUAGAAAGAUGGAGUAAUAUAGAUAAGAUUUCAGCCUUGAUUGUGAAUUUCCUUGUUAUUCAGGAAUUAAAUGAGAUCUUUCAAAUUUAGGCCAAAACAAAUUGAUUUUUUUACAGUUUCUUUAGGUGUGGAGGGGUUGUAUUGGGUUAAACAGGGCCUUGGGCUUGCUAGGCAGGCGCUCUACUACUUAAGCCAUACCCCUAGCACAAGAAGCUGAUUUUUGCCUGGAUGUGAUGGUGCACACCUGUAAUCCCACCACUGAAGUUUGAGGCCAGCCUGCCCUACACAGCAUAACCCUGUAUCAAAAAUCCAAAAGAACAGGGUGCCGGAGAUCAGGAGGAUCACAGUUCAAAACCAGCAAAUACUUCCCAAGACCCUAUCUCAAAAAUACCCAUCCCAAAAGAGGGCUGAUGGGGUGGCUCAAGGUAUAGGCCCUGAGCUCAAACCCCAGAACCACAAAGAAAAAAAAAUCCAAAAAAGAAAUUGGCUUUUUUUUUUAAUCUAAAAAUUCCCUUGGAAUUAUACUGUGCUAUAC